AUGACGAAUACUUUGGUAUCCUCUGCCCUGCGGCGGAGCUCCUCACAAUACCUGAAAACUGGUGUCAGACACUUCUCCCUUUCAGCUCGUCGAGAGGCAUCCUGGGGCUUUAUUGGGUUAGGUGCCAUGGGGUAUCCUAUGGCGAAGAACCUCCGAGCAAAGAUCCCCGAAGGCGACAUCAUGACCAUCUUUGAUGUAAAUACGGCUUCGUUGGAGAAGUUCUCACGGGAGGCCACACCAGUUGGAGUUGUCGUGGCGAAGAGCCCCAGAGAGCUUGUGGAAAAUGCUGAUAACAUCAUAUCAGCACUACCAGAACCUCGCCAUGUCAAAGGCGUAUUCGAAGAAGUCCUUGCGUCGAGUCUUCCUAACCCACCCACUGAAAGCUCCAGACUUUUCAUAGACUGCUCAACCAUCGACCCUACAACCUCGCGAGAAGUUGCAAAGAUGGUAAAAGAGAGGGCCGGAGCCAAUUUUGUGGAUGCACCGAUGUCUGGUGGUGUAGUAGGUGCUCGAGCUGGAACACUGACUUUUAUGGUUGGUGCGGAAAAGGAGGACAUGCCCAAGAUUCAAGCCAUACUUCUCUUGAUGGGAAAGAAGGUCUGGCAUAUGGGUCCCCAAGGAACGGGGCUAAGUGGAAAGUUGGCUAAUAAUUAUGCACUGGCAAUCAAUAAUAUUGCGGCCGCUGAAGCAAUGAAUUUGGGCAUGAAAUGGGGCAUUGAGGGCAAGGCGCUAGCUGAUCUCAUCAAUUCCGCUACGGGGAAGAGUUGGCCAAGUGAGAUCAACAAUCCUGUUCCUGGAGUCAUUGAAACGACCCCGGCGAGCAGAGAUUAUGAAGGGGGCUUUGGAGUCAGUCUGAUGAACAAAGAUUUAAGGCUGGCUAUGACCGCAGCAUCAGAAGCCGGAGCCAAACUGGUAUUGGCCCAGAGAGCCAAAGAAGUCUAUGAUGAAACUGAGAAGGCACACAAGGGAAAGGACUUCUCGGUGGUAUAUAGAUGGCUCGGCGGCAAGGAAUAG